AACAUAAUUUUUUGUGCGAUCGAUGAUGCGGGCGCACCGGUCCAAUCGGUGUCAACUAUUUUUCCCAGACUCUGAUUGGCCGGCAAUUUUCCGCAAUUUCCCUAAAAUCGAAGGAAAACCUCUCAUCGAAACGCCUUUUUCAUGAUUGCCGAACCAAUAACAAAUCCAUUGAUAUAUUAUACAUAAUGAGUUCCUGCAAAUUUAACUAACUUAUAUAAAGCCAUCAAAAUUCAAUAUUGUGAUCCCAUAACCUCAUUCUGACCUCAUUCUUUCCAUUGUUUUGCUAGCUAUGCGAUGCCAUGCCUCAAGUCCCGUCGUGUCUGUAGAUCGCAGGUCUUGCUCUGUAUUCAAAAUACUUAAUAUUUUUUUGUUUAAUUCUGUUAAAAAAACGUGCACUGCUGAGUCGCGAAAUUUUUUGAAGAGUAUUUUGUGAUUUCUCCUUCCAUUCCCAUCGGGCCUUCAGUGGAACCUUGCAUAUGGGUAUGGCUGCCGCAAAUGGAGGAAUCGACAAUGAAACGGCAGAAACCAUCACGUUUCUCAGAAGCACAGGCAUGAAGUGGUAUCGGAUCGCCCAGCAUUUAAAUGUCGAUCGAAGAGAACUCUUUCGCCUUCGCUUGAACAUGUCUGCACAGCAAACGUUAUCUGUUCCAUUAAGCGAUGAAGAACUUUGGACAGAAAUCCAACAUAUAAAAACCGAAUAUCCUCAUUUCGGAGAGUUGUAUGUGGCAGCUGCACUUCUCCAACGUGGCUUUAAAAUAGCUAGACAACGAAUCAGGGAAUGUAUCCGAGAAAUGGAUCCAGAAGGUGUUGCCCUUAGGAGUCUACAUUUUAUACCAAAGAUACCAAGAGGAAUUUAUUGGGUACCAGGGGCUAUGUGGAUAUGGCAUGCCGACGGGAAUGAAAAACCAAAGAUGUUUGGUGUUUACAUACACGGAUGUGUAGAUGGACACAGUCGCUACCCUAUCUACCUCUACGCUGCAAACAAUAAGAGAGCGACGACACCUUUCAAAGUGUUUUAUGAAGCGGCUCUGAAAUAUGGCUUACCUCGCUUCCUCCGAAUAGAUGAGGGUACAGAAAACGUCAAAUUUGCUGAAUUCAUGGAGGUAAAUGGGCAAGCGCUGGAUCGCCAACAGUCAGUUUUUACGGGACCCUCCACAAAAAAUGUACGCAUUGAGCGCUUUUGGGGGGAAGUAAAUGAUGUAACAAAACCCUUUAAAGACCUUUUUAAAAGUAUUGAAAAUGAAGGCAUUUUGGAUACUGGUGAUCCAGUUGAACUUUUUGCUUUACACUACAUCUAUUUACCACGCAUACAAAAAAGCUUGGAUGACUUUGUUUCUAUUUGGAAUGUGCACAGCAUGAGAAGUGCACACUGUAAAACCCCCAGCGCUAUGUUUUUUACAGAGAAGUAUGGCACCCCUGAAACUGUCCUGUGUCAUCCAGUGCCUGAACCAGAGGAUCUUGAAGAAGAGACAUUGAAUAUGGAGAGGCACGAGUUUGCACGAACUGUCAUUCCUGAUCCGCUCGAAGAUGACGGGAACAGUGGCAUAAAUCUCUACUUGGAAUUAGUCAACGCAAUUCGUGACUCUUUGAUAGCCCAAUGAGCAUAUUUUUUUAUAAUUCUUUUUUAUAUUCCUGGAAAGUUGGAACCUACUUUUUUGUUUGCCUCUCAUCAAUUCUCAGCAGAGACAUGAAAAGCUUAGAGAUGACUGACUGUGCUUUAAAAAGAGCUUAAGUCUAGUGAUCUCUUGUCCAUAUGAUAGCCCAAAAUAAUCCAAUUUACCGCUACAUAUAUUUUUAUUUACUCAUCAUGACUUCAUUAUCUGUCUAAAUUAGAAAAAAAGUGUAUGUGUAAGUGCACAAGUUGUUCUCACCCUCACACAAUCGUGAAAGAGGGAGGAGGAGAGGUGUUGGUUCAAAUCUGUGCCAGUUUUAUGUUCUUCAGAGAUACAAGUCUUUUUUCUCCCUCAACACUUAAAAUCACUCUUAAGUCACUGCUCCGAGGUCAAAGUAAAGACCUUUAAAAUUGCUUUGAAGUUCCAUGCUACAUAUGUAGAUAACCAAAUAGACUGUGAGGAAUUGGAGGCAUUAUCGUGUUUGCCAACUGUAAUUUAGUACCCUGCUCAAUUUGGAAGGUGACCAGUGAUGUGCGGGUGAAACAAUCAUCUUUCUCCCUGCAGUCGGCUAAUGUCUUUUUUGUAAUCGUUCCAUAAGUUGGUAGUCACUCUACUUUGAAGCAUUUGGAUGCCUCUACUUUAACCAGGAAGAGGCAGUUUCAAUGGCUAGUUGUAUCUACACUCAAGCAGAAAUUUUCAAAUGGCGAUCCCAAGUAUAUAGAGUAUUAGAAGUAUGAGAAUAAAGAUCAUAUCUCUUUGAUCA